UUUAAAGUGUUUAAUGGCUUUGCUUUCGAAUAACUCUGUUCAGAAUCAAAUUACCAAACUUCAAUCACGUCUAGAAAAUGCUCUUUCUCAACGACGAUUUUAUGAUGCUCAUCAAAUUAUUCGAACAUUGCAAACUCGAAUGCUUCAAAAACAGAUUAACGUGAAUGACCCAAAUUCUGAAGCAAAUGUUGAAGAAUUACUUGAAUUAAUUUAUAAUUGUUGUUUGACUUUUUGUAAAGAAAAUGAAUUUUCGAGUGCUAUUGACCUUGCUGAACUUUAUGUGGACACUUGUAAGAGUACUGCACGUCAACUUGUGGAAGAUAAAUCUGACAAACUUGUUAAGCUUUUCACCAAAUUGCCAGGCAAAUUGGAAGGAGAGGAAAUUAAUAGUGACGACAAAGACUCAGAGACCUUUGACUCCGAUAAAUCUUUACCUAAAGAUCGACGAACACCUUUUUUAAAUAAAACAUUGGAUUGGGCAUUAAAAAAUACUGGUGGAUGUCCAGAUUUGUUGAAUUCUGUUGUUUUAUUACAGCAACGUUUUGCAAAAGUUUUGGAAAAUGAAGGACGGAAUCAACAGGCAGAGAGAUUGAAUAAAGCUGCUGAUUGGUUGGUUAAAGAGAUCAAUCGCAAAAUGCAAUCAACAUCUGGAACUUCUCAUUCAUUGAAUAAAGAAAUGACCGGAGAACAACAAAUAAAUCAGACUGGACAAGGAGUUAGUGACAUUGACUUGGAUUGA